UAAUUCUUUCUCGAUAAAAUCACACAUCGGUCUCCAACUAAAAUUUUAAAAUACGACCUUAAUUAAGAUACCCUAACACACCCACCAAAUAAAUUAUAUCAGUUCAAACGAUGAUCCAUUAUCCUUACGUACGUUUAUCAUUUGAAAUGCCACGUUUCGCACAUUAAUAAUAAAAAAAAAAACAAAUUGACCGCUUGUCAAAUGCACGGUGCUUCACCGUCGAAAUUCGCAGGACGAUCGAAAAGAAAGACGAAAGGACCACAAGGGGAAUCACCUGGGUGAGGACGUUCACAUUUUUAAAUAACCGGUGUCGCGAGAGCACGUACGGGAUGUUGUGUCCAUCGAUAAUGUUAGUCAGUCGGAAAUUUACAUACGGUUAGCCUAAAUUUUCACUUCAACUACUCGUCUGUCCACUAUUUCGUAUAAAUAUAGAUGUGACUUCGGAUCGAAGUCUUAUGUGAAAGUGUACGCCGUCUUGGUAGGAAGUGUUGUAUUGUCACCAAUUGAACCCGUUGCUUCUUUAUUCAGUGUCCGAGUGCCAGCUUAUUCGGAGUACUCGUUUCGUGUGCGUCGAGGAAAAUAGUGUCCAGUGAUCAUGUGCAUGCGCUCGAUACUUUGGCUGAUCCUCGUCGUCACGACAGCGUGUGCCGUUAAUUGCGAGGAACUAAAAGCUCCCAUUAUCGAGGAAGCAGACAGUUCGAAUAUUACACAAACGAGUUCGACGGUUCACGACGACAAAAACUUUUGGGAAUGGCUGUUUGGCUUCGCUACGAUUGGAUCCACAACGACAACCACAACUGAACUUCCGGAACCAAUGAAAGAAGAAUGUUCACCUUGCAAAUGCGGCUUGACAAACACCGACAAGCGUAUAGUUGGCGGUACCGAGACGCAAGUUAAUGAAUAUCCAUGGAUGGCAUUAAUGAUGUUCAGAGGACGAUUUUAUUGCGGUGGAACCGUCAUAAACUCUCGUUACAUUUUAACUGCAGCUCAUUGCGUUGACAGAUUUGAUCCAAUCUCCAUGUCGAUCGUAAUAUUGGAGCACGAUCGUAAUUCCACGACGGAGGCUGAGACGAAAGUGUUUAAAGUUGAUAAACUGAUCAAACACAGUGGUUACUCGACAUACAACUAUAACAAUGACAUCGCACUGGUCAGGCUAAAAGAGUCCAUAUCAUUUAAGGGAAAGAUGAGACCGGUUUGCCUCCCAGAACGAGCGAAAACAUUCGCUGGUCAAAAAGGUAUAGUAACCGGAUGGGGCGCAGUCGCGGAGUCUGGCUCCGUUUCUCAAACUCUGCAGGAGGUCAUGGUGCCCAUACUAACAAACGCAGAAUGUCGAGCCACUAAAUAUCCAGCACGAAGAAUAACAGACAAUAUGCUCUGCGCUGGCUACGAAGAAGGAAUGAAGGAUUCGUGUCAGGGAGACAGCGGUGGUCCUCUACACGUCGAGAACAACAAGACGUACAAUAUAGUUGGAGUCGUGUCCUGGGGCGAAGGAUGCGCGAAACCUGGCUAUCCUGGCGUGUACUCUAGGGUGAAUCGUUAUUUGACGUGGAUAAUGCGCAACACCGAGGACGCUUGCUACUGUUGAUUCAAUUCAAAUUAGAAUCAUGAAUAACCUUUGUGCAACACAAUACUCAUCGACGUUUACGGGAGACAUGUAACACUUUCUACGCAUAUUUUUGCUUUUCUUUUGAGGUUGGUAAGGAUCCAGUGAAAACCAAAGAUGGGAAAAGUUUUAUUCGUGUAAUACAUAACGAAUAAAAAUUUAGAAAUUUAACAAUUUAUUCGUGACAUUUAUUCAAUGGAAUACUUAAAUUUUUCAUUUCUCAUUGUAAAGUACUACAUUAAAUAAUUCAGAAUUAAAUUUUUUUUUUAAAGUGUAAUAGACAAUUGAUUAACCUUUAUUCAUUAUUUGAAUUUUCUCCAUCUUUGGUGGGAACCUUUUAAAUUCAAAGAGUACACUUUCCAGGACAGUAUCGAUAAACUCUGUCGCAGUGGAAUAUUUAUUACACAUGACAUAUUUAUGUUUUCAGUAAAUUUAAGUUUAAAUGUGAAUGUUAUUGGUUGUACUCAUUUCUAGUAUAAGUUUAUUGAAUAUUCUUCAACGUUUCACGUUGACCCUAUUUAAGAGUUUAAAAUAGAUAGUCAGUUCUGAACGAAAUUGUUGCACCGCUUUGAAGUUCAUGUCCGAGCGUUUGAGCGGAUCGUAAGCAUACUAAUACUCGGAUAGAAUUUGCUGUACUCCACAUACUCCCCCCUCUUCUUACCUUCUGCCAUGGAGCAGAUAGCAACUAUAAAGUUACUUCCCCCUGUGUAGCAGUUUAUCUUUCAGUUUCAGUUUACCCUUUGAGUAAUAAUUUAAAUUAUUAUACGCCGUAAAAGUAUAAAAUGUAUAAAAAG